AUGGGUGGCAUUCAUGGCGGACAAGGUCUUGAUGCAUCUGAUCAUCACCGGCUGGAUGAACUGGCUGAGUUGGACGAACCAGGUGCACACUUACUGCCUACAGCUCCAAUCAUAGAGGAGGAGGUAUUGGUUAUUGCAGGAUUCUCUGAUGAGGAGGACAAUGAUGAAACAUUUGAUUGGUGA